UCGAAUCUAUUCCGCUACUGGAUGCGGUUAGAUGAGUGAAUUUAGUUUAUCGAAAUGUCAGGUUUAAGAAGGCAACUGGAAGCAGUUUCGGGUGGUCUGCUGCUCACAUUCUGCGGAGGAAUACAAAUUGGAUGGAGCAUAUACCACCUGAACAUAACCGGUAACGGGUGGACUGUUGGAAUAACGGUUCAGGAGUACAGGUUUGCCGUACUGUCGUUUUUCACCGGUGUUGUUGCCGCACUAGUAUUAUUGGGUUAAGUAAAAGAUCUUCUCUCGAACCGCAUCUGGUUGCUUCGCAGAUGGCAUCGGCUUUCUUUUUCCUCAUAAAUGGAGUGCUUUUCGCAAUACUACCAAUAAACUACGUAGUGACCGUUACUUCGAGAGUCGUUGCAGGUCUCGGUCACGGAGUCACACACACAACUAUGCUAAGCUACAGUGGAGAAAUAACCCUCAAACAAUUUCGAGCAAAAUUCAUCGCCAUACUUACAGCAUCCAUAAUCGCGGGUAUCACUGUUUUCUCGCUAAUAUCAAUGGUUACAACGAACCAUACGUACACCGUCGAACCGAAUAUGCACCCUAAUCGAGCCUUCGGCAUAAUCAUCAUGCCCUUUAGCUGUAUUGCGGGGGUGCUGAUAUUUUUCUUCAUGGUAGAGUCGCCAAUUCACGUACUCUGGAGACUCGAAAACGAAGCUCUUGCACGGCAUAAUUUACGAAUUCUACGAAACGAUCCAACGAAGGCCGAAUCUAUUAAAUCUAUUGGUGAAGAGUUCGACGAAAUUGAGCUUCUAGUUAUGAGGACAGAUAGCGGUUGUAUGGAGAGAAUGUUUUUCACUGAAAGAAAUUUGAAGGUGUUUUUCUUUUGCGUAUCGCUGAAGAUAGGUAACUCGCUCGUUUUCAAUUAUACCAUGAACAUGGCGAAGAUGUUAAACAUGUCGGCUAUAUUCGAGUCAACACCCGAGAGCCAUAACUGGGGUCCGUCUAUUUUGAUGAUCAGUAAGCUUGCGGCUGCCGUAAUUGCGAUAGUCGUGAUAGACAUUCUCCCGCGGCGCUUCCAGUAUACGAUUUCAACUAUUGUCACAGGUGCAUUUCUUGUAGCUUUGGGAAUUAUGUUGGAAACAUUGAAACAUCUAGAACCUUGGGUAGCACCCUUCAUGUACAUUGCGGCUGGAGUUUGCUCAGCUCUAGGCAUGCUACCAAUGGCGGACAUCCUAACGUCCGAAGUAUUUCCUCUGCACAAAAAAGCUAUGUCAGUUGCUGGGGUGCUUAUAUGUGAAUACGUUGGACACAUGAUUGGGUUUAUCUUGGAUUACACUUACCAAACUACUACCGAUGGAAACGUUGAUACAAUUUUAAUGGGUGGCGUUGUAGAAUGCUUGCAUGUUUAUUCCAAAAUACCAGAAACAAGAAACACAUCACUUGAUGACGCUAUAUUGGAAUUUGUUGAGUUUGAAUCGUCGAAAUGGAUAUAAAACGCAGUGCAAUGACUGUAACCAUAGUAAACCGUACCAACUCUGAGGAUAGUAUAUACGGACGUGAAGAUUCGGUUCAGCCGGGAAUUAACUGUACUAUUAACCUUUAUGAUGCAGAGAAGCAUUUUUUCACAACUGCGUGAAAUUAUGGUAUUUUGUC